AUGUCUUUAAAAAUCGAAAAAAAGCAUCCAAAAAAACUAGAGCUCGUUUCUGCUCCAAGUACAUUUGCGAGCUUAGGAAUUCGAGAGUCUAUAUGCAAAGCAUUGGAUAAAAAUUUUAAUAUAAUAACACCAACGCAGUGUCAGAAAACAUUAAUACCGGCUAUCCUUGAUGGAAAGGAUGUUCUGGUUAGAGAUAUUACAGGGUCUGGAAAAACAUUUGGUAUAGUUUUAGCUUUACUAAAUAAGUCACGGAACCAAAAAAUAUACGAAAACCAUUCCUCUGCGAAAAAGUCAUGUAUAACUAGUAUAUUAGUUGUUCCAAGUCGUGAAUUGGGAUUUCAGGUUGAAAAUUGGAUGCAUCUAUUAUUAAUUAAUUCCGGGUUGCCCCUAAAAUCGAUUAUUCAAGUCGUUGCAAAAACCUCUCAGCAUGAUGAGAUCAGGCAACUGAAUGAUUUGAAAAGCACACCACCACAUAUUUUAGUAGGUACCGCGACAAAACUUAGUGACCUCGCCGCAGAAGGCUUAUUAAAUUUUUCCAAUCUAAAAACUCUCGCAUUAGAUGAAGCAGAUCAUCUGUUAAGACUUCCUACCAAACAUGCGCCAUUAAAGAGGAUUCGAAAUAGACUGAUUCAUCCGAAACCAGCAGAAUUGUUAACUCAAAAAAUCUUCGAACAAACUAGGCCUCAACUUGUGGUAUCUUCUGCGACUUUAAAUCGCACACUACGAUUUUAUCUUAAAGAUAACGAGUACUCAGAAGAUCCAAUAUUUAUUGAUAUGACUCAAGGAACUUUAUCACCACCCUUAAUCGAACAUUAUUGCCUCUUGGUUUCAUCAAAAGAAAUCAAGAAUAUAACAUCAGCCGAUUUUUCUGAUUGGCAUAGUAAAUACGAUAUUAAAAGUUUUGAGGAGCGAACACAGGAUUUCAAUGAUGAUGAUGACAGGAUGUUGGAUAGUGUUGCUGGUACAAUUGAACUUGAAAAUGUACAAAGUGGUUUGAUUUUUGUGAAUAAUAAAAUCAAUAUACCAGCGAUGAUUGAGCGUCUUAAACGGUUUGGCAUAACUACAAAGGAAUUAGCUAACUCAUUCAUGAACAAAGAAAUAAAAAGCUCACCAUGGAACAUCCCGUCAGAAUCAACGUCAAGCACAAUAUUUGUCGCUUCUGAAUAUACUGCUCGAGGAAUUGAUAUUUCUUUUGCAUCACACGUGUUUAUUUUAGGGAUGCCAUCUUCUUCGACUGAGUAUCUGCAUAUGUCAGGACGUACUGGAAGAAUGGGUCGUAGUGGAAAAGUUAUUACCAUUAUAAGAGAAGGGCAAAAAAGAUUAGCAAGAUCAAUGUUUUCCUUGUUAAAUGUGAUCCCGGUUCCUUAUCCGCAUGUACAAUAA